AAACUUCCUAAGUAUUAUAAAAAAAAACACAUUGCCUUAUCAAGCUAGUUAAAGUACUACAUUAAUUCACUCUUGUUUCCUCUCCCCUAAAUUCCAUCCAUUAAUGAACAUGGAUCUCCUCUUCCUACAAAAACUUCUAUAUUCAAUCCUCUUCACCAUCAUACUCUCAAUCACAAUCUCAAAGCUCAAAGGCCGCAAAUUCAAACUCCCACCGGGUCCAAUCCCCGUACCCAUAUUCGGUAACUGGUUACAAGUCGGCGAUGACUUAAACCACCGAAACUUAUCCGACCUCGCCAAAAAAUUCGGCGAUGUCUUCCUCUUAAAAAUGGGUCAAAGAAACCUAGUUGUAGUCUCUUCCCCAGACCUAGCUAAAGAUGUUCUCCAUACCCAUGGAGUAGAAUUCGGGUCCCGGACCCGAAACAUUGUAUUCGACAUCUUCACGGGUAAAGGCAAAGAUUUAGUGUACACCGUAUACGGUGAACACUGGCGUAAAAUGAGACGGAUUAUGACCGUCCCAUUUUUCACCGGUAAAGUUGUGCAACAAUACAGACAUGGUUGGGAAGCGGAAGCGGCGGCGGUUGUAGAAGAUGUGAAGAAGAAUCCAGAAGCUUCGACGGUUGGGAUUGUUAUAAGAAAACGGUUACAGUUAAUGAUGUAUAAUAAUACGUAUAGGAUUAUGUUUGAUCGGAGAUUUGAGAGUGAAGAUGAUCCUCUGUUUAAUAAACUUAAGGCGUUGAAUGGUGAAAGAAGUAGAUUAUCUCAGAGUUUUGAGUAUAAUUAUGGGGAUUUUAUACCGAUUUUGAGACCGUUUCUUAGAGGGUAUUUGAAGUUGGUUAAGGAAGUUAGUGAUCGAAGGUUGCAGGCUUUCAGGGUUAAUUUUGUUGAUGAACGCAAGAAAUUAGCAAGUACAAAGGCAACAAACAAAAAUGAGGUUGCAUGCGCCAUUGAUCAUCUCUUGGAAGCAAAAGAAAAGGGUGAAAUUAGUGAGGAAAAUAUUCUCUACAUUGUUGAGAACAUUAACGUCGCUGGAAUUGAGACAAUAGUGUGGACACUUGAGUGGGCAAUUGCAGAAUUAGUAAACCACCCACAAAUUCAAACAAAAUUAAGGGAAGAAUUAGACACAAUUUUAGGUAAGGAGCACCAAAUCACAGAACCAGACACAACCAAAUUGCCAUACUUACAAGCUGUGAUCAAGGAAACCUUAAGGCUACGUAUGGUCACUCCCCUUCUCGUCCCCCACAUGAACUUACACCAUGCCAAGCUCGAUAACUAUGAUAUCCCUGCGAAGAGCAAGAUUUUGGUUAACUCAUGGUGGCUCGCAAAUAACCCUGCUCAGUGGAAGAACCCGGAUGAGUUCAGACCCGAAAGAUUCUUAGAGGAAGAGUCUAUAGUUGAAGCAAAUGGAAACGACUUUAAGUACAUUCCUUUUGGUGUUGGUCGUAGGAGUUGUCCGGGUAUUGUCCUUGCACUUCCUAUCCUUGGGAUUACUAUCGGUCGUUUGGUUCAAAAUUUCGAGUUAUUACCACCUCCUGGAUGCUCGAAAAUCGACACUACUGAAAAGGGUGGACAAUUUAGUUUGUUCAUUCUUAAGCACUCUACUGUCGUACUCAAGCCAAGGAACUAAUCUAUUAGCUACUCAUGUUUUCCAUGCUAGAUUUCUGGACCCUGUCCAUCUGCUAGAUAUGAUGGUAUGGCAUGGUAUGAUAUGGUUUUUAAUGGUAGAUUUCCGGACCCUGUUCUAAGCGGGAUCUACUGGGUAUGUAUGAUGUUGUGGUAUGGUAUGAUACCUUUUUUAAUGAUGGAUUUGUUUUUUUACUACUAUUGUGUAGUUUUUUUGUAUUACACUUGACAAUAAUAUUGAUCUUUUAGAUUGGGUUACUAUUCAUUGUUAAUCUCUCGUUUUUCUGUUAAUUACUCAAGCCAGGUAUGGUAUACUAGUUUUUUUACUGUCGUACUCAACCCAUUUUAGUUGUGCAAGCAUUGUUAAUCUCUCGUUUUAGAUAUUCAUUCUUUCAAGUCACAAUUCGUUUCAGAUUUCUUGGCAUUGCAUUACUUUUUCUGUUAAUUAUGGGUUAAAAAAGGUCAAAUUCGGAUUAAAAGUUGAUUAUUUUCACACCUCUAGUUAAUAGAUAGUUUAAAAUAUUAUGUAUAAACAUAAUGGCGGUAGCUUCUCUGUUUGCAAUUGCCAAUCGCCAGACAUGUUGGCUGCUCCCGUGUUUCCUGCUGGUUUCUGGUGAUCGGCGGUGCUUCUUGCAGGUCUGCGGUGACCGUGGUGGGUACUGGGUUGGUUGUUGGCGUUGGUAAACAUUAGGAGAGUAGGAAUAGGAGUAGCAGACAGGGCGUAAGGCGUGGUACUUGGUAAAUUGUAAUGUCUUUUCAAAUUCUCAUUCCCAAUUCUUAUUGCCAAUAAUUGAUUAAUGCUUUCCUUUUUUUUUUCAAGAAUCUCGUUUCUCAUAUUUAAUACUUGACUUUUUAUUUUUACCCAUUUAUUGUGAGACAAGGUCUGUUUGAAAGACUAUUUAUACUUGGGUCGACCGAUAAAUAAAAAUCUAGAGUAAAAGUAUGCAUUAAGCUUUAUUGUGUUGGGCAUGAGAGACGGUCUCUCAGGAGACCAGUUCUGUUAUUUUGAAGAUUAGGACUUUAGAGGGUUUUCUAACCUUUAAAAGUGGGCCUUGGGUACAAGCCCAACUCGCCCGCUCAUAGGGUC